CGGACGUUCUGCGCCCUUCUCAACUACGCCACCGAGUCCAGGAGGAAGAUACCGCAGGAGACCCUCCUCAACACCAUGGCGUCCGUCAUGUACCGACUACUCUACCUGAGCUUCCCCACCAACUCUCUCGACGAAAUUGUCCGGCUGGGCCUCAUGGGGUUCUGCACCAACAUCUUCCUGCAGUGGUCCAAGGUGAAUCUGCCGUAUCCGCACCUGUCACGCACGUUCAAGGGCUGCCUGUCCAACCUCAGCAUCCCCAUCGCACCGCACACCAUGCUCUGGGUGCUUGUGAGCGGCGGAAUUUCGCUUUGUACCCAGGAUGACGAUGAAUGGCUUGUUCCGUGGAUCCAGACUACGGCCAAUAUCUGCAGCGCAAGGACGUGGAGUCAAUGCCGAGAUAUCCUGAAGAACUUUCUGUGGAUCGAUUUCGUUCACGACGAGCUGGGUCAGAAGCUCUUU